UAUUUCUUAUUAGCAUUAUAGAUGGAUUUUUUUUUUUACUGUUUUCACUACUCUACUAAAGUCCUAAUUUCCAGAUUGUCAUGUCAUCUCCAAGAUGAUCAUUAAUGUCCUCUUGUCUAACUUUUAUAUCUGCCAAUUCUUUACCUUAACUAAUUACAUAGAAUUUUCCAUAACUUUAUUUGUUUUUGUUUUUAUAGAAACUGGAUAUUCUUGAUUUCUUAAAAUUAUGGCAGACAAAUUAACCAGAAUUGCUAUUGUCAACCAUGACAAGUGUAAACCUAAGAAAUGUCGGCAGGAGUGCAAGAAGAGUUGUCCUGUGGUUCGAAUGGGGAAAUUAUGCAUAGAGGUUACACCCCAGAGCAAAAUAGCAUGGAUUUCUGAAACUCUUUGUAUUGGUUGUGGUAUUUGUAUUAAGAAAUGCCCCUUUGGCGCCUUAUCAAUUGUCAAUUUACCAAGCAACUUGGAAAAAGAAACAACACAUCGAUAUUGUGCCAAUGCCUUCAAACUUCACAGGUUGCCUAUCCCUCGUCCAGGUGAAGUCCUUGGACUAGUUGGAACUAAUGGUAUUGGAAAAUCAACUGCUUUAAAAAUUUUAGCAGGGAAACAAAAGCCAAACCUUGGAAAAUACGAUGAUCCUCCCGACUGGCAAGAAAUUUUGACUUACUUCCGUGGAUCUGAGUUACAAAAUUAUUUCACCAAGAUUCUGGAAGAUGACCUGAAAGCCAUCAUCAAGCCUCAGUAUGUGGAUCAGAUUCCCAAGGCUGCAAAGGGGACAGUGGGGUCUAUUUUGGACCGAAAAGAUGAAACAAAGACCCAGGCAAUUGUGUGUCAGCAGCUUGAUUUGACCCACCUAAAGGAACGAAAUGUUGAAGAUCUUUCAGGAGGAGAGUUGCAGAGAUUUGCUUGUGCUGUUGUUUGCAUACAGAAAGCUGAUAUUUUCAUGUUUGAUGAACCUUCAAGUUACUUAGAUGUCAAACAGCGGUUAAAGGCUGCUAUUACUAUACGGUCUUUAAUAAAUCCAGAUAGGUACAUCAUUGUGGUGGAGCACGAUCUAAGCGUGUUAGACUACCUGUCUGACUUCAUUUGCUGUUUGUAUGGUGUGCCCAGCGCCUACGGGGUUGUCACAAUGCCUUUUAGUGUAAGAGAAGGUAUAAACAUUUUCUUGGAUGGCUAUGUUCCAACAGAAAACUUAAGAUUCAGAGAUGCAUCACUUGUUUUUAAAGUGGCUGAGACAGCAAAUGAAGAAGAAGUUAAAAAGAUGUGCAUGUACAAAUAUCCAGGAAUGAAGAAAAAGAUGGGAGAGUUUGAGCUAGCAAUUGUAGCUGGAGAAUUCACAGAUUCGGAAAUCAUGGUGAUGCUGGGAGAGAAUGGUACAGGGAAAACAACAUUUAUCAGAAUGCUUGCUGGACGACUUAAGCCUGAUGAAGGAGGAGAAGUACCAGUCCUAAAUGUCAGUUAUAAGCCACAAAAGAUCAGUCCCAAAUCAACUGGAAGUGUACGCCAGUUAUUACACGAGAAGAUAAGGGAUGCUUACACUCAUCCGCAGUUUGUGACCGAUGUGAUGAAACCUCUGCAGAUUGAAAACAUCAUCGAUCAAGAGGUACAGACAUUAUCUGGUGGUGAGCUACAGCGAGUAGCUUUAGCUCUUUGUUUGGGCAAACCUGCUGACGUCUAUUUAAUCGAUGAACCAUCUGCAUACUUGGAUUCUGAGCAGAGAUUGAUGGCAGCUCGAGUUGUCAAACGCUUCAUACUCCAUGCGAAGAAGACGGCUUUUGUUGUGGAGCACGACUUCAUCAUGGCCACCUACCUAGCAGAUCGAGUCAUUGUUUUUGACGGCAUUCCAUCAAAGAACACAGUUGCAAAUAGUCCUCAGACCCUUUUGGCUGGCAUGAAUAAAUUUUUGUCUCAGCUUGAAAUUACAUUCAGAAGAGAUCCAAACAAUUAUAGGCCACGAAUAAAUAAGCUCAACUCAAUUAAGGAUGUAGAACAAAAGAAGAGUGGAAAUUACUUUUUCUUGGAUGAUUAGACUGAAUCUAAGGAUAUCAAGAAGCCAUUUAUUAAACAUUGACUGGGAUUUGUCAUAUAAAACUUUAAUCAGGUUUUGUGCCCCCACACACUCUGGAACUUGAAGUAUAAUUGAUGCACAUCAAAGCCUGUUGAAUUAUAAAUUGUAGUGUGAACACAGCAAAUGCACUUUUCUGGAGAUUUUCAUGAUGAGGCGCUUUCUGUGCAUAUUCUAAAAUGAAGACAUUUCAAGCUGCACAAAUUACCUCCAAGUUUUCAUAAUGUGUGGGAAGAUUUUCAAUACAUUUAACAUAUUCAUUGACCAAAUGGCUGACCAGUGUUGCUCCCUUAAAAAAGUCCUGCAAUUAGUUCCUGUGCUUGACUGGUUUGCCUGCUGACUAUACGCCAGUAUAAUGAAAUUGUCCUUAUUUUCUAAGACCGUCAAAGACUCCAUUAAUGAGAUUUGAUAAAUAAACCUGGGAAUUCUA